AUGUUUUCUCUUUUGUACGGUUUUUAUGAAUACCUAUUUCGAAAGGAUGAGUUCCACGUCCUAAUUCUGGGCGUGGACAAGGCGGGUAAAACCAACGUCCUGGAGAGGCUAAAAACCAUAUUUACACAAUCGAUCGGACUGGACCCUGGCAAAAUCUUGCCAACCGUGGGACUCAACGUCGGCCGAAUUGAAGCUCAUAAGAAUAACCUCGUAUUCUGGGACCUUGGGGGACAGAGCGGCCUACGCUCGAUUUGGGACAAAUACUAUAGCGAGGCUCACGCCAUCGUGUACGUCGUCGAUGCAGCCAAUCGGAGUCGGUUCGAGGAGAGCAGAGCUGCGCUUGACCGUAUGCUGGAGAACAGGGAGCUUAGCGGAGCGCCGCUGCUUAUCAUGGCCAACAAGCAGGACCUAGACGGGGCAGCUAGCGCACAGGAAGUAGGGCAAGUAUUCGGCAUCGAGCGUUUGGAGGGGCGGCAAUUCAAAGUGUUGCCUGUCAGCGCCUACACCGGGCAGGGCCUGAAAGAGGGCGUUGAAUGGCUUGUCGAGACCAUCCGGCGAAGCCACAGAGCAAUGCGGCUGCGUGCCCGCGGCGCACGAUGA